CUCCGUCAUUAUUAACUGUGUACAGGAUAAUAGACCAUUUGCCCCAAAUAGCAACUAUAUUGAAAGUUAAUGAUUAACUUUAAAUAAUUUAGUAAAAUGAGUAUAUUCUUCAUAUUGUAUAGUAAGUUAUUAGUUUAGGAUAAUAAGAUGGAUAACAAGAUUGAGAUAAUUAGUCAACCUGAGAAAGAUGCUCCGUCUAAUGGAGACAAGAGUCAGGCAUUAAAGAAAUUGAAGAAGUUAGUCGAUGAAUUUUCAUCUAGUGAGCCUGAAGAUCAAAGUAGACAAGGAGAACAAUUCAUCAGUUCUCAAUACAAACAAGUAUUAGAUAGAAACAAAGGGUAUAGUAGACGAGAAGAGAAAGAUAUGAGAGAUUCAGGAGUUGAUAUUGAUUCUGAUGGAUUUGAGAUUCCUCCUGGUAAGAUUCCAAUUGAUGGUCAUUUCCUGACUCAAGAGAUUAAAGAGUUGAUAGAAUUGACUAAAGACGUAGGGAUUUUGAAUGAUGAUGUAGAGGUGGAGGUAGUUGAGCAAGAUCCUCAGUUUGGUGAUAGAGUAAUAAUAAAGGAAGAAGAAGAAGAAGAAGAAGAAGGAGAAGAGAAGCUGACUGAAGAAGACAAGCUCAAUGAUAAAAAGAACGAGUAGUAAACAUAACUACAGGAUCAGACACAGAAUCAGAAUCAGAAACAGAAAUAUAUACAUAUACACAUAUACACAUAUACAAACAGACACAUCCUUCUCGUUAGUACGUAUACUCAAUAGUCCCUCUCUAAGUAGUUUGCAACAAUAAUAUAAAACAUUUUUACACCCAAAGCGCACCAAAACAAGCGAGCCCGAAAUUUGUUUAAGGUAUCCCACCACUUUGGUGAU